AAGCUGUCAAUCGCAGGUGACAUUAAUAAGCCAACAGGCUGUUGGUCUUGGAGUCAUCGUGACCUGCGAAAGUGGUCCUGUGAAAGACUAUACAGAAGCCUGAUGAGCCUCACCAAAACUUUCGACAAUGGCGGCCAUGUCCCUUUGGCCACAGCGGACGAAAUAAACUUCCUUAUUAUUGUCACAUAGAUACAUCCAACCAACCAACAAAGAGCAGCGUAGAGGAAGGCAAAGAAGGCAAAGCUGGGUAUACAGUACUCUAGAGCUAGCCAGCUACCGGUACCGGUACCCCAGAGUUCAGUGCCAUCCGAACUGCCAUCCAAACUGGCCAAGCAACCCUGGGAACAACAGAGACCAAGUGAUUGGGUAGACUUAUCUACUCACUCCAAUCAGUCAAUCAUUCUACCAUGACAACAAAUAAUGAGUGUUAUCCAUCAUCUAGAAUACGAAAGAGACGGCAUUUGCAGUCUCAGUAUGCUGCGCUAUGGGUAGCAGUGGCAGUGGCAGUGGCAGUGGCAGUAGCUGUGGUUCCGAAUGCAGUGGCACUAGCCCAACAACAACAACCACAACAGCAAGCCCACACGAGACAUCAACAGCAGAGGUUACGACAACGACGACGACGACAACUCCACAGCAAUAUCUUUAGUACAGGUACAAGUAUGAGUACAGGUAGUACCAGUAUGGCACGAGGAUUUCUUGAUCCCGCGUUCCGAGAGAACGCCAAAUUGGAUGGAGUCCAGCAAUCUGGUGGUGGUGGUCCCAUGAGAACCAGUGCAGAAGUAGGAGCUGAAGCAGAAGCUGCCAACUCCACAUCUGACACCAACAACAGCAACACUACCAUGCUGGAUGACGAUGACGUCGUUACCAUCGACGAUACUGAUUCUACCAGUACUGGUACUGGUACCACCAUGCCCUCCAUGGCUCCUUCUGUCUCCACUGUUCCUUCCAUUUUACCUACUCAAGUAACUUUAUCUCCUUCUGAUACUCCCUCUGUGGGAGAAACCAAUCCUCCAUCCAUAUCACCCUCCACACAACAACCUACACAACAACCUACACUGACUCCCAUUACUCCCACAAUAACCAAUGUUCCCACCUCUACCGAUAGUAGUGCUGGUAUCAUCACCACGAAUGAUACAGAAACACCCACAUUGCUUCCAUCCACUGGCAGCACGAGCACGAACUCAAGCAGUCCUCCAGUAGCAAUAAGCAACAAUGAUACAGUCACGGCAUCACCCACGAGCACAAGUAUUACCUCCAACAACACGACUACCAAUAGCCCCACCCUAGCCACCACGGCCUCCCCCACCAGCUCGUCCACAGUGACAACCACAACACCCAACAACAGCAAUAACACAACCAACAACAACAAUAGCACCACCACAAUCGCCACUACAACUAUCAAAAUCUAUUCUUCCUUUGUGGUUUCCACACCACAAGAUGACUGGAAUUCCAACACAACCAACACAACUGGAGAAGUGCUAUCCUUGGCGCCACCGGAUCAAAUCCAGACUCUCACCAUGGCAUUUGCCAAAGUGGCAGAAGAUGUCGUCGUCACCAUGGGCAACUAUAAUGCCACUGCCCGACGGCUCCGUCGGCGACGACAAUUGCAAACACUGGGGUACGAUCCCGAUACGGCCACCAUAACCAGUCUGCGUACCACCAAUAAUGCGGAGGAUUGCACUGCAACCGAUGGUCACGUGUGUCUCACGGCAUUUGCACAGUACAAUGUCAGUCUCGAUGGCCAAACAUUAGAUCCACCGGUAUUAGUCUAUGACACGGUCGUGGCAGAAACCCAAUCGCAAAUUGAUCAAGGAAUAUUACAGCAAGAACUCGACAAGGUCGAUCCCAAUUCCAUAUUCCAAGUACAAGGAGCUUCGGAACCAGUCAUACCACCACCCCCCUUGGAUCCGACCCCACGCGAGGAGGAAUCCACCACUCCACCGUCAGAAGAAGAAGAAGGUGGUGGUAUGGAUACCAUCAUGUUGAUUCUCAUUAUUUGUCUUUCCGUGACGGCGGCCGUGGUGUGCAUUCUAUUGGCCAUUUAUUGCUACCUCAAACGAACCACGCCAGCAGGCGGCGGCGACGAUUUGCAGGAAAAGAGCACCGACAAUGACGACCCGAAUAAUGAUAGUCAAAACGCUCCCGAGGCUCCCUACGAUAAUAAUGAUGAUCCUCCGAGUGAUGAUGACGACUGCAGCGUGUCUGACGAAGCCGAAGAACACUAUCGACGACGAGUCGAAGAACUGGUACAAGAAAACUGUCCCGAAGAGCUGGACAACAUUGAUAGGAUGAUGACACAGUUCAAGGGACGCGAAAGGGCCUUGAUUGCAAUGCUCGAACAAAUGUCCUUGGUCGAGCGCAUGGCGGAAGAAACGGGUGACUACGAACCAGCACAAGAUGUUGAAAUCUCGGAGGACCCAUCCGAACGGCACGAGACGGUUGAAAUGGAGGAUAGUGAGAACCAUCGUGACAGUAGUGCGGGUGAUAGUACUCUUAUGAGCGACGAGAGUGACAAGGUCUGGCCGGAGUUGGAUGGUUCCAAUAGUAACGAUUCAGCUAUCGACAACCAAGAAGACGAAGAAGAAGAAACGAGCUACUCGGACGGACUCGAUGACAGCGGAGACCGUCAAGGUGAGAAUCCACGCACCAGUGAACCUGAGGUGUUCAAAUCAUCAACAACAAACAAUCCAAGGGUGACGGACGAGGAUGACUUGAGACUUUCGAGCAUUGGAAGGCUGGAAGCCAUGGAGAAUGAGCUCAACUUUAGCUUUAACUUGAGUGACGGAUCCCCCCCUGGUGCGACGAGACUCUCGCAGAGUUCCAACAGCGACAACGAUUACGACCAAAGUUUGAUGUUGAGUGACGCCGACAUUGGCUCGCUUCGUGCGGAGCUGGCCAAUAUUGAUUCACAACUAGCAGGCAACCCCAAUGAAUUGGAGCGCCGCCUCCAAGGAUCCUCUUUUGUUGGGUAAGAACCUGGAACAUGGGUGGGAUACUCACAAAAAGGGAUCGGGGAAGGAAGCCUGGGUGACGAUCAGCUACUGAAUCCUCACUAUUGAAAAUGAAAUUCGAAUAAUGCAUAACGACGAUCGAUCUUGAAUCUCUACGACGGUACUACACCGUAUCCAAUGAAGCUUCACAAGGACAUCGCUCUAACAAUAAUCAGACUGUGACAAUUAGCUAGAAAGGACACGCCUCUUGCCCCGUACACUCGUAUCUAGUCAUUCAAGGCUUGUCGAUUAUCAUGGAUUCUCCAAUUGCCGGGGCAAUCUAUCCAUCUGAACCAGUAGGUCUUCUCGAUGUAAUUAUCGAGUUUCCCUGCAUCGAUUCCUUGAACGAUGCUUUUGGCGCUGGCCUCUGGACUCAUCAUAUUGUCUCCCUUAUCCAACCCGGCUGUCAUUUCCGUAGCCACUGCUGGUGGCAAGGCUUCCAUCACCUUGACGGAAGGCCGGGUGGCUUUCAGCAGUGCUCGUAGCAACUUGGUGUAGGACCGAAGAGCCGCCUUGCUGACCAAGUAAAUCGGUGAAGCUCUCUUGGGAGUCAACGCCAAUCCAGAAGUGACAAAGCAGACAAAGGCGCCGUCGGGUCCUCGUUGGGAGAGGACACCCAGGAGAUGACUUGUCAACUCAACGGGAGCAAUAAAGUUGACUGUCAUUUCAUCCUCCUCGGAAAUGGAUGGCUCGUCGUCACUCAUGAGGUCGCGCUUUGCGGUAAUGCCAGCGUUGUGGAGCAUGCCAUCCAAGGGAAGUGAAGAGAGCUUGUCCGCCAGUUGCUUUCGAUCGGAGGCAACGCUAUGGUCACAAACCACCCAGAUGACACGGUCGUCAUUCCCGAUAUCCUUUUGUGCUUAUCCGUGGACGCAAUGGAGCGACCAGUGGCGAUGACGCGCUUCGCGCCCCUCUGCAAGCAUUCCUUCACCCAGAUGCAUUCCGAUGCCCCGGGUUCCGCCGGUGAUGAGAAUUGCCUUGUCUUGAAUCAUUGUAGCUCGAUGUGAUGAUUGCUUUCUUCUGACUUUGCUUGCCCUUUGUGAGCGACUGUAUCAAGCGGGGCGUUCUCAAUGUCGAGUAGUCUUCUUCCCCAUUAUAGCUGACUAGUCCGUGAGCCCCCGAAAAACUCAGCUCGACCUGAUGUCGUUUUCAGUCGCACCGCAGAUGAGAGCUCGUGCUGGCGCAACGUGGAAGGCUCCAUGAAUCAAAGAGGAACGGCUGAGAGGAAUGCCGGCUGUGUUACUGUUUGUUCAUAGCGAAUAAAUAAUCUAUUGCAAGCAAUGUUAUUCAAAACUUAUGGAGAUAGAUUAUAGACGCGGACAGUUGGAACUCCAACUCCACUAAGAAUUAACAGUAGGAACUCCAACUCCACUCUUGCUUGUUAGACCCAACCUCCCUUCAUAUCCGCCAAGAAAGUUCCAUUCUCACCAUACAAGGCAAACGAUGACACAUUAUCACAAGAGCAAUGGCACCCACAAAGAGCACCACAAUCAAACUCCAGAACAUUGUUCAAAGCAGGGUCAGCAAUCAACAAACAAAAGUCAUUGGGGAUGGCUCCCAAGAGACCCUCAUUGCUGGUCAAGUUCAAGACUUUCAAUUUUCCUUCUGUCACCAAUAAGGCUAGCUCAGCAGGAAGAGUGCCUGUCAAGCCAUUGUCGCCAGCAGAGAACUCUUUGAGCUUGAGCAGAUUCCCAAUCUCAGAUGGGAUCUUUCCAGAGAACUGAUUCGAACCAACAUUGAGCCGGACAAGCGAUUUUGCUAGGGAGCCAAUCUCAGAUGGAAGUGAUCCAGUCAUUCGAUUUCCAUCCACUCGCAUUCUCCACAGGCUACUCCAAUAGCCAAUCUCUUCAGGGAUGCUUCCAGUAAUUUCAUUGUUCUCUAACCAGAAGCGGUACAUCUUGCUACCAUUGUAAAACAAUUCACUGGGAAGGGUUCCAGAAAACUGGUUGUCCUGGAGGGAAAAGUACUCCAUAGCCGGCAUGGCAGCAACUUCUCUGGGAAUGGCACCAGUGAGAAAAUUCCUAGCUGCUUGCAAAUUGUGACAUUCAGUGAGGAGUCCAAGCUCACUAGGAAUUGUGCCAGUCUGCAAACAGAGACAUUGGGUUUUGUCAGAAGAAAAUGUUCAAUCCAAACCAAAGGCCUGUCCGGAGAAGUUGUACGUACAAGAAGAUUGUCUCCCACGGCAAUCCUCCAGAAGGUUUCAUUAGGGAGGCCAAGUUCAGUGGGUAUCCUGAAGAGCGAGAAGCAAAGCGCCGAGUUUAGCCGAAACUGAGCAAAUGAUGGCUCUGUUCAUAAGUCUGAGGGUAUACUCACGUUCCAGUCAAUGCAUUAAUGUCAAUAUAGAUCUGUUUUAUGCUUUUCAACAAGCCCAGUUCACUUGGGAUGGUGCCAAUCAAGUUCAGCAUAUAGGCAUAAAGUGUUUUCACAUUUUCCAUCAAUCCAAGCUCAGUUGGAAUUGUUGAAUUCUGCAAAGUACACAUGCCCAUGGAGNA